UGUUCACAGAAGUUCACCUCAGACGGUACCAGCGGAUAUGACACCUUGUGUUGGCACAUGAUUCCCCCUCAGCCACCACAACGAGGCGGCGCAUGCGCCUGGGUGGUGUUUACUAUGGCGACGCUCGUAGUAAUGCAAUCGCUCUGUAUUACAUAACGACGCUGCGUACGAAUCGUGCAACUGCUUAUAACAUAUGACGAUAUAACAUUCUAGUUUAAACAAUCCACGGCGCAAUACAUCACAGAAACGAGCUUCAUUUGAUCUCUCUGUUACAAUUCGAUUCCGUGGAUCGAUUGUCCUCGUAGAUACCGUUUACUCCACAUAUAAAAAACGAUGGAAUUCGACGAAGCACUUUUCUAUCCGCUCGAGUACAUACAAGGAGCGAGGGGAAAUAAAACCGAGCCCCACGACUCUCUGAUCCACGGCAUCCAGGUCACCGCAGUCGUCUGCUUCUCCUUCUUCAUCCCCCUCACCAUCUUCUCCAACGUCUUGGUCUUCUGGGGGAUCGUCCUGUACCCUGGUUUCAAGAACAGCCACAACAUUUUCUUGCUGAACCUGUCCGUUUUUGAUUUCAUAGCCGGAGUGCUGGCCAUCCCGCUGAUUCUCAUGUCCAAGAUAACAGUCACCCAUCUCUACAUAAGUGACAGUAAGGUUUUGUGUUUAUUUAAAAACGGUGUCGUUGACCUGGCGCUUGGGGGGUCGUUGUACUCUCUGAUACUCAUCUCCGUGGACCGUUAUGUGGCUAUCACUCGUCCUUUGAAGUACUCAAACUGGAUAUCGACGGAAAGAGCGUACAAAAUUGUGAUGGGUUUGUGGAUUUACAAUACCUCCAGGGUUCUAAUCAUGUCGAUUUUUCUCAACACGUACGAUUAUUCCAUCAACGUGGCCCAGCGUUGUCAGCUUAUAAAGAUCUUCAAAAUCGACGUGAUAAACUACGUACUCACCUACCCAGGCCAGGCGUGUCUAAUCGUUUCAGCCGCCAUCAACAUACACAUUGCGUACAUUGUGUACAAGCAAGUCAAAUCUUUUGACGUCGAGAGGUCGGUCUGGACGAAGGAACAAGUCCGCAGCUUUAAGAAUCGAAUCGGCGCGGGGAAGUUGACGCUAGUGCUGACUGCGCUGUUCAUCAUUCUGUGGGUGCCCUUCUACACCGUCACCCCGCUCAGGGCCAACAACAUGCUGAAUAAAAGACAGGACAAGUUCCUGCGGAGUCUCUCGGGGAUCAUGACAGUGGCCAACUCGAUGGUCAACGCGGCUAUUUACGCGGCGGUCAGGAAAGAGUACCGUGACGUGUAUAGGCUGAUGCUGACUACCGUACCGUGGCUCUGGAAACGGGAGUUACGGAAGCUGCACGGUGUCCAGAACUCGGUCUAUGCGGACUCGUCUCAGAAGGACGAGCGGAGCUGCAGCAAAGUCAUCCUGAAAGAGGAGUCGAAGGAGGUGGUGGCGGUCAAGUCGGACACAGAGGACGGUGAAUUUUCGGGAUCCCCUGUGGAUAAAACUUAAGAAUCUGCUGGGUUUCUUGCAUGGUUGAUGCAUUAAAUACUGUAUUUAAGAAGAGGCUGGGUUUCUUGCAUGAUUGAUGCAUUAAAUACUGUAUUUAAGAAGAGGCUGGGUUUCUUGCAUGAGUGAUGCAUUAAAUACUGUAUUUAAGAAGAGGCUGGGU